AUGUCAGUCAAUAAUAAACAACUACCUAAAUUACCAGUCAUAAUAGAUAAUUCAUCAAACUUACAAGAAGUUGAUUUAGGUUCAAACCAACUUCUUGUUCAUCCAGCACCUCCUCCUCCUCAAACAAAUCAAAAACCAUCACCUUUGAAACAACAAAUAACUCGAUCUGCUUCUUUAAGUAGUAAUGAAUCCAAAAAAUCUUCAGGUGCAAGUACAAUUUCAACCAGUUCUAUCACUAAUAAUGGUAAUAAUCCAUCAAGUUAUAUGAUUCAAGUUAAUAAAACUCCUAUGAAUUUAACUCCAUCCCAACGAUUAAAAUUAAGAAAAUCUCAAUUAAAUGAUUCCAUUAAUAAAUUUAAAUCAAAUGAAACUCAUAUUGAUGAAUUGAUUGAUGAAAAUAUUUAUCUUGGUGAUUAUAUGUAUAAUAAUAAUCUUCCCUUUGGUCAACCUGUUUUACUGGGUAAUUAUCAUGAUUUAUUCCUUCAAGAACCUUUCCAACAACAAAGUAAUAAUAAUAAUAAUACGAGAAAGUUUUCCCUUACUAAUACCGAUACUUCUACUAGAGCAUCAUCAAUAUUAAGUAUUAGUGAAGAAGUAGAAGUUGGUAAUGAAACUUCAAAUUCUUCUGUAAUCAGUAUGAAUGAUGAUUCAUUUGAAAGACCUAAAUUUUAUAAAACUGCUUCAAUAUCAUCAGUUAAUCAACUUGAUUUUAAUCGAAUCUCUAAGGAUGCUCAAGAAUUAACUUUAUUAUUUAAUCAAAAUGAAUAUAUUCAAAUGUUUGAAAAGAGUAAUCAAAUGAAACAUAUGUUAACAAGUUUUAAAAAAUUAAAUACUUCAUUACCUUCCUUACAUUCAAGUUCAAGUUUAAGUUUACAUUCAACAACUUCCACAUCUUCCGAUAUAAAACAUAUAUCAUUACCAAGUCAAUCAUCUCCAUCAACAUCGACAACUCCUUCUACAUCCAAUCAUAAUUCCCUUAUAAUCACUAAUAAUUAUCAAAGUUUUACCAGACCAACUUUCUUACCCCCAAAGGAUAAUAACGAUAGAAUCAAACAUCAAAAACAAUCAAAUGAACUUUUAAACUCGGCUGUGAUGAAAGAAUCAAAUUUACAAUUGAAAAAUUUACAAACAUUAGAAAAAAUCAAAUAUCAACGUAAUAAAGAUUUAAAAAUAUGGCAUAAAUUAUUAUUAGAAUCGAAUUUGAUUGGAUUUAAUGGUCGGAUUAAAUCAACCAAGAAUUUUAAAGAUUUAUAUUGGAGAGGAAUUAUUGAUCAAGUUGAAGAAAUUAAUGAUAAUAUUCGAGGUCAAAUAUGGUGGAAAUCAUUAAAUUUAAAUUAUAAUUUGAAUACUAAUGAUAAUGAAAAAUUCUGUGAUGGUUAUUUCACUAAAUUUGAUUCUUUAAAUCAGAAUCAUCCAAUUUUUAAAUUAAUUAAUCAAGAUUUAGAUAUGGUGUUUCCUGAUAUACUUUAUUUCCAAAAUACUGAAAUUAAAUUGAAAUUAACCAGAGUAAUGAUAAGUUUUACAUUAUUCUUGCAAUCAAAAUCUAAAUCAUCAGAUACUCCUUUACUUCAAUGUUAUAAUCCUCGUUAUCUUAAUUUAAUAGCGAUCCUCUAUUACAAUUAUAAAAACAGUUAUAAAACCUUAAUGACAUUACAUCAGAUAUAUAAUAUUAACCAAAGUAUACUAUCCAAUCCAUCCUUCAUAACUAAAUUCGAAGAUAAUUUCAAUCAUCAUUUACAUCGAUUAAAGACUCAUUUUAAAAUUAUAAAUUUAUCCCCUAUGGAGUAUUUACCUAUCCUUAUUGAUAAUUUAUUAACUGGGAUUUUAAAUUUCGAAAUAUCACAACAUAUAAUUGAUAUUGUUAUAUUUGAACAUUAUGAAAAUUAUGAAUCAUUAAUGAUAAAAUUCAUCAUGGGAUUAUUCAAUCAUAUAAAUUAUAAAUUAUUCGGCUCAAAAUCUGAAAUCAUUAAUUUAUUAAACUCCAAGAGAAAUAAUAAUAAAGUCGAUCCAAAGUAUUUGAAUGUCGGUUAUGAAUUUGAUUUUAUAGAAACCGUUAGAAACGUAAAAGUAUAA